AUGAAAGCAUACGCAGCACUAGCCUUUUUUGCGGUUACUACCGUAGUAGCUCAGACUAGUACUCAGACUGAUACUCAGGACGCUGCAACUACUGGAACUGGAACUGGAACUGGUACGGGCACGGAUGCGGCCACUGGUACAGGCACGGGUACGGCUACCGUGGUCACAAACACCGUAACUGGAACCGCGACUGAUUCUGCCGUCACAAGUGCAACUGGCGACAGCACAGACACCGAUAUUAGCAGCAGCGCAACCGACGUUGUUGUCAGUUCGGGCACAGACACAGACGUUGCUAGUAGUGCAACUGACAGCGUUAACGCCAGCAGCGGCACUGACGCUGCUACCAGCGCGAUCACCGGCCUUACUAGCGCUACUAGUGAUCUUGUUGCCAUUACUAGUGCCACCAAUACAUCCUCCACCUCCACCUCCACCUCUACUACCAUUAUCGUCUCUCAGAGCACGGCUGAUGCGGCAUCUACUGAUGCGGGAUCUACCGCCGCGGCCGGAACUGUUGUAUCUAGCUCUGACUCGGCUCAGGCUCCGGACACCAGCGCUGUAGUUGGAACGGCGUCGGUCGGAACAGAAUCGCCCGUAGCAACUGGAGAAGCCGGUACCAGCGCCGAUUCGGGAUCCGGCGUUAGUCCUACGAUCGCGGCUAGCGCCCCUGGCGGUGGAGAAGGCAGCGGAGAAGCCACGGAUACUCCCUCUGACCCCACUUCUACAUCCGACUCUGGCGACUCGUCCGAGACUGCGGAGUCGACAGUGGUGCCGGACGCCGAGGCUGGUGCUACGCUCCGAACUGGUUCCAACAGCAUCGUGGCACUUGUCGGCCUGGCUGCCAUGGCCCAGAAGAUGGAGCCGACCGAAGCGGUGGUGUGCAUAUCUGAGACGCUGGAGACAUAG